CGCGCCGGCCGCGCCCGCUGGCGACGAGCUCGACCUCGGCCUCGACCUCGGCCUCAACCUCGGCCUCGGCCCCCGCGGCGCAACCUCGGACGCCCCCGCGGGCGCCGACGGCCCGGGCUCUCCCUCGGACAGCGGCGUGGACAACCUCUUCGGGACCAUCGACCUGCUGGGCGUCUCUCCAUCUGGCCCUGCGGGCUUUGGGGCCUGCUGCCUGCUGGACUGCGACUCCAUGGACUUUGCCGCCCCCCCGGACUGCGGCGGCUACAUGCAGCUGCUGGACUGCGGCGACGAUGGGGAGGACUGCCUGAUCUGGAACGGCGAGCCGUCGUAUUAUGUGCAGUAG